AUGUUGAUGCUGGCAUCCACUGUUUACUUCAACCUGAAGCUGAAGAAUCCUACGUUUGAUAUACCCUUAAUUGACUAUAAUAUUGUGCUGCUUAUGUUGCCCAUAAUCAUGCUGGGGAUUACUACAGGAGUCUAUUUCAGUGUUGUAUUUGCGAAUUGGAUGAUCACUGUUCUUCUGAUCCUUAUCUUUAUAGGUACCUCAAUCAAGGCAUUCUUCAAGGGUGCUGAUACAUGGAAAAUGGAAACCAAAGUAAAACAGGAGAGCGCCAAGCUUUUCGAAUCUUCUGAAACGGCUAACGGGUUAGCAGGGUACAGCUUGCUUCCUGCAGGGCCUCAAAAGGACACUAAAAAAACUCAGGUUUCCAUUAUUGGCAACAUUUAUUGGAAAGAAUUCGGACUUCUUUGCUUCGUCUGGCUCUCAUACGUUAUCCUGCAGAUUGCCAAGACUUACACAGCUACCUGUUCAGUCACGUUCUGGAUAGUAAACUUUUUCCAGGUACCGGUUUCGUUUGGAGUGUAUCUGUACCAAGCAAUAGGCCUCUAUCAGGGAUGGAGAGCUAUUCCUUCCAAAGGAGAAGAAGGCACUCGUUUGCCAUUGCACCAUCUGAUUCUGGCCAUUGUUUGCGCUCUGUCCGCCGGAAUUAUCGCUGGCCUUCUCGGCGUAGGUAGUGGAUUUGUCAUGGGUCCCUUAUUUAUGGAACUAGGAAUCGCUCCUCAGGUAGCCAGUGCCACGGCUACGUUAGGAAUGGCAUUCUCAGCAUCUAUAUCUGUUGUGCAGUAUUACCUCUUGAACCGUUUUCCUGUUCCUUAUGCUCUGUAUCUGACCACUGUGGCAGCCAUUUCAGCGUAUUUAGGGCAAUAUGUCAUUGAUAAGCUGGUUAGAUUAUUCGGAAGGGCGUCUCUGAUUAUCUUUGUUGUGGCCUUCACCGUAUUUGUUAGCGCAAUUGCAUUGGGUGGAGUUGGUGUAUCAGACAUGAUUGAAAAGAUUCAGCAGAAUGAAUACAUGGGAUUUGACGACUUCUGCAGAUAGAUUCCUUCACCGCAUCGUUGCAUCUAAAGUUCUAAAGGCCACGUUGAAUAUGAUUCUUGCAGUUGAAUGUCUUCUUUUUUUUUUUUUAAUGCAUGGCAAUGAACAUAUGUAGCGAGUCCUCUAAUUUAUGGGUUAGGAGUGAAUUCGGCAGUAAGACUUAAAUGGGCAGAAAAAAUAAGACAAAAUUUGUAGGAAAUUUAUUUGGGCCGGAUAAUAGUGUUGGGGUGGACUGAACGCAUUCGGCCCGGACAGGUUCGAUAUCCCAUGCCCCCGUUUAUACGACGGGGCUGAAGCAUUUCCAUCACCUACUGCUUUUUAUUAUG